AUGAGCUUCAACAUCGACCCCAACCCUCCGGUAGCCACCCAUCAUGAUAUCUAUCCCGCAAUCGAUCCGACUGCUGCUUUCACCGGGAAGACGUACACGAGCAAGACCGUGCUCGUUACCGGGGCAUCCCGAGGCAUUGGACAGAUAAUCGCCUUGUUCUUCGCCAAGGCAGGCGCAGAUGUUGCUCUCACCGCUCGCUCCAGUCUCGAUGAGACCGUCGCGCUGAUCAAGAAGAGUGUACCCGACGCCAAGAUCUUGACGUUCGCCGCGGACGUCAAGGACGCCAGCCGCUCCGAAGAAGUUGUUGAGCAGGUUGUCAAGCAGUUCGGCCACCUCGACAUACUGGUGGCUAAUGCCGGAACCGCCAACGCGAUGGGCAAACUCAUGGGUGAUCAAGAUGCUAACGCUUGGUGGAACGUUGUUGAAACGAAUGUCCUUGGUGUCUACUCCUACGUUAGACCUUCUCUGAAGCACCUUUCCAAGACGUCCGGAUACGUUCUGAUCCUCACCAGCGUUGGCGGCAUUGCCCGCUUCGCCACUGGGUCCGACUACCUGAUCAGCAAACACGCUAUAAUCCGAUUGGCCGAACUCAUCGCGCUCGAGUACCCCAGCGUCAAGGCCGUGUCUAUCCAUCCCGGAGGAGUCUUGACCCAGCUCUCGGCGGGGAGUGGGAUGCCCAAGGAGACGUUCGUAGAUACUCCAGAGCUCGCUGCCGGAACAGCCCUCGCUCUCACGUCCGGAAGGUUUGAUUGGCUGAGUCCGCGCUACAUCGACGCGUCUUGGGAUCUGGGCGAUAUCGAAAAGCUGAAGGACGCCAUCGUAGCGAAAGACGCUUUGAUCAACAAGUUAGCCCUGCCUUAA